GAUGCAAGGAAGAGAUGAAGCUUACUACGUUUACGUUUACGGUUCAUCUGAGAAGACGCAUCUAAAUUUGAUCUGUUGGAGGUGCAAAUCUAGUUCACCGACAAUGACCUUUAAUCACAUUUGAAGAGGUCCCGGUUUCAUGGCGAGACACUAGAGAACAAUACACGACAUACCUUGAACACAUUAUCCUGAUACUGACCAUGGCCCAUCGCUUCCCUUAUUCCGAAUUCACUCACAAAUGGACCUUGAAGAACCUCGGCAUUCAAUUCGAAUCCGAAGACAUCUCUCUGGAUUCAGACGAAUUUGAAGUUCCAUCACCAAUUGGCACCCUCACCAAAUGGAAGCUUCACGUUUAUUGUUCCAGACUUUGCCCGGAGAGCAUGGUGAGGAUCUAUGUCCGGUUAAUCAAUCUCAAUGAUUGCCUCUGUCAGGGCAGAUACACCCUAAAGUCCUUCUAUCAGGACAAAUAUAUCCGGGAUCAUGAAACCAUUGCUCAGAGUGAAGAGCAUGGAUUUCUGUCCCAAAGUCUGAGAUUUGCUCCCAAGAGCCAAGACGAGAAAUUCCAUUUCCAAGAUCUCUUUAUUGGUUGGGCUGGAGGAGUCUCGGAGUAUUUGUCCAAGACCAUUUUGGUUCAAUUCCGGAUCUUCGGAAUCAUUCAAGAUGUGACUCCAACGAUGAAGAACAGGAACAGGAUUAGUUUGAGCUUGGAAGAAGAUCUCAAAUGGAGGGUAAUCAUCUUUUUCAUCUACCAAAAGCUGCUGGAGAACAUCCGACGUGAGUUGAAAGAGCGAUGCACUGCUCAGAUCAUCUUGGAAGCUGAAGAGUUGGACAAGUUUGAGGAUUACUCGGUGAAGGUCUAUGAAAAGUUACUCAAUUUUGCUCGGUCCAAAUCAUCCCAACCUUGCCAAAUGGCCUUGAACUUUGAGGUUUGAACCCAUGAACAUGAAUUUUAUAUGUAUAUUCCUUCCAAAUGGGUGACAAAUUUUACACUUCACCAUUCAUUUUUUUAUCAGAUUAGUUCUGAAAGUUAGAUGGUCAGGUAACGUUGAUAAAAUACUUUAUUUGAGGCACCACGCUAAUUUCAACUGUAACGUGUUUUAAUGCCAUAUUGUUAGAAUAAAUCUUGGUUUUUAAAGAACA